AAGCCAUCAGAGGAAAAGGGCACGCGUUGCGUGUUUGGUUUCCCAAAGCCGACGGGUGCAAAGAAAGCAUGGACAGUACUGGUAGAGAAGAGUAAACGAUCUUCCUUGAAGUUGGCUAUAAGCAGCCCAGCGGAUGCCAGCGUGGGCUCUUACAAUCUGUAUAUCAGGGAAGGGUCACAAGCCUCCCCUCAAUCCAUCACAAACAUGGUGCUCCUCUUUAACCCCUGGUGCACAGAGGACUGGGUGCACCUCCCAAAGGAAACUGAGAGGCAGGAGUAUGUGAUGGCUGAGGAGGGCAUCAUCUACAGAGGAUCUGCUGACCGCAUUGGCCCCCUUGCCUGGAACUUUGGACAGUUUGAGGAGGAUAUGGUGGACAUCUGCAUGAAGCUGCUGGACAUGAACCCCAAGUGUCUGAGGGACCCUGCUGAGGAUUUCUCUGCCCGCUGCAACCCCAUCUAUGUAGGGAGGGUGGUCAGUGCUAUGAUCAACGCUAAUGAUGACCGUGGUAUCCUGGCGGGCCGCUGGCAAACACCGUACUCCGGCGGUGUGGCCCCCACCCACUGGAGCAGCAGCGUGGACAUCCUGCGGAGCUGGUACGAGAGCCAUCACUCCCCCGUGAAGUACGGACAGUGCUGGGUGUUCGCUGGGGUCAUGUGCACAGUUUUGAGGUGUCUGGGAAUCCCAUGCCGUGUAGUCAGCAACUUCCAGUCUGCCCACGACACUGAUAAAAACCUGAUCAUCGAUGAGUACUACACAGACCACGGGGUUCAGCCUAAGGAGAGCCAUGACAGUGUGUGGAACUUCCACGUGUGGGUAGAGGGAUGGAUGAAGCGGCCGGACCUCUGUGGGGAUUCUACAUACGAUGGCUGGCAGGUGCUGGACCCGACCCCACAGGAGCAGAGUGCAGGAGUGUUCUGCUGUGGUCCGUGCCCUGUGAAGGCUGUUCUGGAGGGACACACCGACCAGAAGUACGACGUGCCGUUCGUCUUCGCUGAAGUGAACGCCGAUCAAGUCAUCUGGAUGCUCAUGAAAGACGGCUCAAAACACAGACUCCACACUGACAGCUCUCAGAUUGGCCAGAACAUCAGUACUAAAGCUGUAGGCGCAGACAGAAGGGAGGACAUCACAGCCUGCUACAAAUACCCAGAGGGUUCUAAGAAGGAGCGUCUGGUGUUUGAGGAAGCCGUGAGGAGAGGAAACGAACGCAAGCCCUGCCCUGAGCUGUCACUGAAGCCUCCCGUGGUGAAGCUGGAGAUCACAGAGGAGAAGGAGCCAAUCACGGGACAGGAUCUGGAGCUGAGUCUGCUCCUCCAUAGUGAUCACUUGCGGGAGCUCAGUGUGCAAAUCAACGCUCAGGCCAUGAGGUACACAGGCGUGCCCGACAGCCUGGUGUACAGGGAGGAGAAGGAUGUCCUGCUGCAGCCCAAGCAGGAUUCCAAAAUUUCCAUCCCGAUCCCAUUCUCCUUAUAUGGGACCAAGAUGCUGGACAACAACAGUCUGAAGGUCUCGGCACUGGUGCACGACAAGCAGCACCCAGGAGAUGGCUACCUAGCUGUGAAGAACAUCGUACCGCAGGAGCCUACAAUCACCAUCCAGGCGCCCAGCACAUGUCAGCAGUUUACAGAGAUGACGGUGGAGGUCAUCUUUGACAACCCCAUAUCCAGCACACUCAGAGAUGGCGUCCUUACGCUAACAGGCAGUGGGCUGUUGCGUCAUCCCGUGGUGACCAGGUAA